AUGAAGUCUACCUUCUCCGUCGCCGCCGGCCUCUUGGGCCUUUGCUCGUCCGUGCUUGCGGCCACUAACGAGGGCUUCAUUAACAAGUUUGCCCUCCCUGCCAACCACUCCUCCGAACUCAAGGAGUACAUUGUCACCUUCUGGCGCAAUGAGACCAUCCCUAGGCCGAUUGAUGACUACCUCGACGCCUUGGACCUGAAGAAGACCAACGACAUCAAGAUCUUUGAGUCGUCGCCCGGCGUCGACCCCCAUGUUCUCAUUGUCAGGAUGUGCGAUGAGCACGCCCAGAUCUUCAAGGACUUGACCGAAGUCAACAUCGUCGAGGAGAAGGCUAUUGUAAAGUCAUUUGCAACCCAACAGGGUGCUCCAUGGGGUCUGCAGCGACUUUCAAGCGCAACUGGCGCGACUGGAUCCCCAAAGACUGAGGACUUUACCUACUCCUUUGAUGACUCAUCGCUCGGUGCUGGCGUUGACAUUUACGUUGUCGACACUGGUGUGCGAACAACCCACGCCGUCUUCACUGGCCGUGCCAAACAGGGCUUCACUGCUACUGGUUCAUUCACCGACGGCGAUGGUCACGGUACUCACACUGCAUCCACUGCUGCUGGUGCCAAGUUCGGUGUUGCCCAGGGUGCCAACGUCAUCGAGGUCAAGGUUCUUGGUGACGAUGGAUCUGGUGCUUCUUCCGAUACUAUCAGAGGCAUGGACUGGGUCAUCACCCAGCACAACACGCGCAAGACGCAGCCCGGCUUUGUCGGUUCCAUCAUGAGCAUGUCUUGGGGUCUGCAGGGCACCGCUGCCUCGGUCGACGAAGUCAUUGCCGGAGCUAGCGAGGCCGGUAUCCACAUCUCAGUCGCAGCCGGCAACGACGGCGCUGAUGCAUGUGGCUCCACUCCUGCUCACCUCGGUGGCGCAAACUCCAACGUCGUCACUGUCGGAUCCGUCAACAUCGACAACAAGGUCUCAAGCUUCUCCAAUAUCGGCAAGUGCGUUGACAUCUACGCCCCCGGCGAGCAGAUCCUCAGCGCCUGGAACACGGGCGACGCCGUCAUCAACUUCCUCUCUGGUACUUCAAUGGCCUGCCCUCACACCACCGGUGUCAUGGCCUACCUUAUGACGCAGGAUGUCGCCGGUCUCGGCCAGAACCCAAAGGCCCUCAAGGCCAAGCUCCUGGAGACUGCCCGCCAGGGUGUCGUCUCCGGUAACAUGGGUGGCUCCGCAAACUUGCUCCUCAGCAAUGGUGUCAACGGCGCCGUCGCUCAGCGUCUGGUCAAGAACUACGUCGUCCCCGAUAACAGCGACCUCAGCAACAGCGGUCUAAGCGGUAGCGGUGCUGCUCGCGCUGCCGCCGUCAUGGCCAGCAAGGUCACCCUCGACAAGCGCUUCACCUUCCACUCGCGGGAAACCACACUCCGCUUCUAG